UGCGGUCCCCGUUGUGUCCGGCCGGGGCGGUUUGAGGCCCAAACUUUGGGGGUCGCGACGGUGAGCGACCGUUGGGCGGCGCGGGAGGGUCCAAGGCCCUCGCGCUUCAGUCAUCUGCGGGCGGGCGACUGUCCCGGCGGGCGACGCGCCGCCGCGCGCCCCGACGCCCACGCACCGCCCACGCACCGGACUCUUCGGCCGCGAAGACCCUCCUUCGCGGCGAGAUGGGAUCCUGACAGGUUUCUUCUCCGCCGUAAGAAGGAUAUUAAAGAGAAAUUCCUCACAAAUUGUGAUAGUGCACAUGAAAUAUUACUGAAAAAACUAUUAAAUAGAUAAAAAUAUAUCAUUACAUUAAAUAAGUUUAAUAAAAUGUUUGUUAAUAAU